CGCGCAGUUACUCAGUGCUUAAAUAUCAUUAUUGUCAUCUUAAAAAAACUCCAAAUUUUCAUGUAAAAUUUCGCAGAAACGGAAACUUUCGAAGAAAAUUGAAAAGAAAAGAAAAGAAACUUGACAUUUCAGUUGCAGUUUCAAUUUUCCUUUUCAUUUUCACAGAUCUGGUUUCCAAUUCCAAAAUCCUCACUCAAUCAAUCGCAUUUGCACAGCACGUCAAUCAAUCACGCAAAUCAUGCCCUCCAAAAAUCUCGCGAAUUCCAAUUCUCGAUCUCUGAAUCAGAAGCUGAUAUGAUAUAGUGAUAUGUUUCGUUUCGAGGAGGAAAAGAUCCGGAAGCGCAUUUGAUCUUUUUUUCUUCCAUCGAGUUUGUUUGCAUUUCUCCCACAGCCAUGGUGGACGCUCUCUCGGUGGUUCCGGCGGCCGUGCUCCGCAACCUCGCCGACAAGCUCUACGAGAAGCGCAAGAAUGCUGCUCUCGAGGUUGAGGGGAUACUGAAGCAGCUUGCUACUGCCGGGGAUCAUGACAAGAUAACUGCUGUGAUCAAUUUGCUGACUACGGAAUACACUUACUCCCCACAAGCAAAUCACCGCAAGGGAGGGUUAAUAGGCUUAGCUGCUGCUACUGUUGGGUUGACUAAUGAAGCUUCUCAGCAUCUUGAGCAAAUUGUGCCUCCUGUACUAAAUUCUUUUUCUGAUCAAGAUAGCAGAGUUCGAUAUUAUGCUUGUGAAGCACUAUAUAACAUAGCUAAGGUUGUGAGAGGAGAGUUUAUUAUAUACUUCAACCAGAUCUUUGAUGCCUUAUGCAAGCUUUCCGCUGACUCAGAUGGCAAUGUACAAAGUGCUGCUCAUCUCUUAGACCGACUCGUGAAGGAUAUUGUGACUGAAAGUGACCAGUUCAGUAUUGAAGAAUUUAUACCAUUGUUGAGGGAGCGCAUGAGUGUAUUGAAUCCAUUUGUUCGCCAGUUUUUGGUAGGAUGGAUUACUGUGUUGGACAGUGUUCCAGAUAUUGAUAUGCUGGGUUUUCUUCCUGAUUUUCUUGACGGUUUGUUUAAUAUGUUGAGCGAUUCAAGUCAUGAAAUACGUCAACAAGCUGAUUCUGCUCUUUCUGAGUUUCUUCAAGAGAUUAGGACCUCCCCAUCUGUAGAUUAUGGUCGAAUGGCUGAAAUACUGGUCCAGAGGGGAGGUUCUCCAGAUGAAUUUACGAGGUUAACCGCUAUCACAUGGAUAAAUGAGUUUGUCAAACUUGCUGGAGACCAGCUUGUUCCAUAUUAUGCUGACAUUCUUGGAGCCAUUUUGCCUUGCAUAUCUGAUAAAGAGGAGAAAAUUAGAGUGGUUGCCCGUGAAACCAAUGAAGAGUUACGAGCAAUCAAGGCUGAUCCAGCAGAAGUGUUUGAUGCAGGAGCAAUCCUAUCCAUUGCUAGGAGGCAACUAUCUAGUGAAUGGGAAGCUACUCAAAUUGAAGCAUUGCAUUGGAUAUCAACCCUUUUAAGCAGACAUCGUACUGAGGUUUUGACAUACCUUGAUGACAUAUUUGACACCCUACUCAAAGCACUUUCCGAUCCAUCUGAUGAGGUUGUGCUUUUAGUUCUUGAUGUUCAUGCGUGCAUUGCAAGAGAUCCUCAGCACUUCCGUCAGCUUGUUGUUUUCCUAGUGCACAGUUUUCGGCUAGAUAAUUCUCUUCUGGAGAAGCGUGGUGCUUUGAUAAUCCGUCGUCUUUGUGUUCUUUUGAAUGCUGAGAGAGUCUACCGGGAACUUUCGAUAAUACUAGAAGGAGAAUCAGAUUUGGAUUUUGCGUCAAUUAUGGUUCAGGCUUUGAAUUUGAUCUUACUUACAUCAUUGGAAUUAUCUGAGAUUCGAGAUCUUUUGAAGCAAUCACUGGUUAAUCCUGCUGGGAAGGACUUGUAUGUUUCUCUGUAUGCCUCUUGGUGUCAUUCUCCAAUGGCAAUUAUAAGUCUUUGCUUUUUAGCACAGACUUACAGACAUGCAAGUGCUGUGAUUCAAUCUCUGGUAGAGGAGGAUAUACAUGUCAAGUUUCUGGUCCAUCUGGAUAAAUUGAUUCGCUUGAUGGAAACUCCAAUAUUCGCUUAUCUUAGAUUACAGCUUCUUGAACCUGGAAGAUAUAUCUGGUUAUUCAAAGCAUUGUAUGGUCUUCUGAUGUUGCUUCCUCAGCAAAGUGCCGCCUUUAAGAUACUAAAAACUCGUUUAAAAGCUGUGCCGUCAAAUUCUUUCAAUGUUGAGCAAUUGAAGAGAAUGCCUUCAGCGGAUCCCUACCAAUUCAAUCAUCGGAUGCCUGAUGGAUAUUCAACCAUUGAGGAUGGUGACUCAACUGAAGAUGGUGAAAGCUACAAUGCAAUAAAUUUUCCUGCAAGGUUACAACAGUUUCAGCAAAUGCAAAACCAGCAUCGGAUGCACCAUAAAGCACGGACAAAGUCCUGUAAUAUUUCCAGCUCAUUACUAAAGGAGGCACAAAGAGAGGAAGAGCCAAGGAGACCCCAGUCUAUUGACCUAAAUGUUCCUCCUUCAAGGUCAAAGAGAGGUCCAGGACAGCCACAAUUAUAAUUCUAAUGUAAAUUGUAAAUCAUAGUAGGUUGGAAUGGUAAAAUUUCGGUUUUUCUGAAUCGCGAAAAAUCAUGGGGCUUUUCUAGGUUAUUCUUUUGACCUUGUAAAACAUGAUACCCACCUGGUUCUGUUAUUUUUGGUUAUGACCAUGUGGGCUAGAGUUGAUAUUUUACCUGGAAAAGUUUCUUUUUGAUUA